AGCAAGCGCCUGACGCUGUCCGUAGUGCUGAAACGCGCUCCUCAAUAGCAGCUAGAACGAACCAAGACAAGCAAGGAAAGCUCCAACAAAGCCCUCCGGUAGCUGCGAGGCACUGUUCCUAAACUGCUGAAUAUGUAGCUUGCAAAUAAAUCACGUUGGAAGCAAAGCGGAACACAUCAAAGCAACAGAACCUCCUCCCUCCCCGCACUUUAGGGCUCUGCUUGUCUCUCCAAACCUAGUGGAUGAAGAAAUGAACAGAGUAAGCUGCUCUUUUGUGUGUGAGUACCUCAGAAAGUAGGUUACAUGGCUGAGAAACUGGGCCAACACUGUCCUAUUGAUACUCAGCAUCAUGCUCAGCCUUCUAAGCCCUCCCUCUUAUGAGACAUUUCUCAAAUUCUGCUGUCAGUGUCUUUUGACCUAAAUUCUGCAAUGAGGAGUACAUUUGGAAUUAUGAAGAGAAGGAGAAACUGUUCAUCUCAGCUACAGCCACAGAUUUAGCUAAGGCAAGAACAAUGUUAACAGAAAGAGAGAGGAGAAAAGAUCAAUGUUGACAGCACUGCCCCAAUACUUCCCAUCUUUCAAGAUCCAGCUCUUUUUGCAAACCCUCACUGAUCCCUGGGAGAAUGAUGAAUCAGUAAAAGAAGAGAAAUCUGACCUAAAAGAGAAAUCCACAGGAAAUAAAAAGGCCAAUCGAUUUCAUCCUUAUUCAAAAGACAAGAAUUCAGGCACUGGGGAAAAGAAGGGUCCAAAUCGUAACAGAGUUUUCAUUAGCAACAUCCCCUAUGACAUGAAAUGGCAAGCUAUUAAAGACCUAAUGAGAGAAAAAGUCGGUGAGGUUACAUACGUGGAGCUCUUUAAGGAUGCGGAAGGAAAAUCAAGGGGUUGUGGUGUGGUUGAAUUCAAAGAUGAAGAAUUUGUAAAGAAAGCACUAGAAACUAUGAACAAGUAUGAUCUUAGUGGAAGACCCUUGAAUAUAAAAGAGGAUCCUGAUGGAGAAAAUGCUCGUAGAGCAUUACAACGAACAGGAGGGUCAUUUCCAGGAGGCCAUGCCCCUGAGAUGGGGACCGGGUUGAUGAAUUUACCACCAUCCAUUCUCAAUAACCCAAACAUUCCUCCUGAGGUCAUCAGCAACUUGCAGGCUGGGAGACUUGGUUCCACAAUUUUUGUUGCUAAUCUGGACUUCAAAGUUGGUUGGAAGAAACUAAAGGAAGUGUUCAGCAUAGCUGGAACUGUAAAGCGGGCAGAUAUUAAAGAAGACAAAGAUGGCAAGAGCAGAGGAAUGGGCACGGUCACUUUUGAGCAAGCAAUUGAAGCAGUUCAAGCAAUUUCUAUGUUCAAUGGGCAGUUUUUAUUUGACAGACCUAUGCAUGUGAAAAUGGAUGACAAAUCUGUACCUCAUGAAGACUACCGUUCACAUGAUAGUAAAACACCACAAUUACCACGUGGCCUUGGUGGCAUUGGAAUGGGACUUGGUCCAGGUGGACAGCCUAUUAGUGCCAGCCAGUUGAACAUUGGUGGUGUAAUGGGAAAUUUAGGCCCAAGUGGUAUGGGAAUGGAUGGUCCAGGUUUUGGAGGAAUGAAUAGGAUUGGAGGAGGAAUUGGGUUUGGUGGUCUGGAAGCAAUGAAUAGCAUGGGAGGAUUUGGUGGAGUGGGCCGAAUGGGAGAGCUGUACCGCAGUGCGAUGACUAGUAGCAUGGAGCGAGAUUUUGGACGUGGUGAUAUUGGAAUAAAUCGAGGCUUUGGAGAUUCAUUUGGUAGACUUGGCGGUGGCAUGGGUGGCAUGAGCAGUGUGACUGGAGGCAUGGGCAUGGGUCUGGACCGCGUGAGCUCCAGCUUUGACAGAAUGGGCCCGGGCAUCGGCGCCAUCCUGGAGAGGAGCAUCGAUAUGGACCGAGGAUUUCUGUCCGGGCCCAUGGGGAGCGGGAUGAGAGAGAGAAUAGGCUCCAAAGGCAACCAGAUAUUUGUCAGAAAUCUGCCUUUUGACUUGACUUGGCAGAAAUUAAAAGAGAAAUUCAGUCAGUGUGGUCAUGUAAUGUUUGCUGAAAUAAAAAUGGAGAAUGGAAAGUCAAAAGGCUGUGGAACAGUCCGGUUUGACUCCCCAGAGUCAGCUGAAAAGGCCUGCAGAAUAAUGAACGGCAUCAAAAUCAGUGGCAGAGAAAUUGAUGUCCGCUUAGAUCGUAAUGCGUAAUUUCAACUAUGGUUGGAACAUUCCUUCAUUUGUUUUUGCUGAGUCUUCUAGUUAAAAUCAUUUUUUUGUUUUAGUAAUACUGUAUGCUGACAAAGGCUGUAAAAAUGAACUUUUAAAAUUCCCACCAGCUUUCAACAGUAUAAUGUUAAAAAUAUACUGUGAUUUUUGUUAAUCUUGUGUUGGGUUUCUAAAAACAGCAAGUCUGGUCAUUCAGUUUAAAUGAAUGGUUAUACUGUUUUUAAAGAAAUAAGCCAUUUUCUUGUUUUCACUAUGACAUGGUAGGGUUUGUUUGUUCUAGGUGCCCCAGCUUUUAUCAACUUAUUGUAAGUAAAAGAUAGAUGGUUUUUUCAAAACUUCUGUUUUGUAAUCCAAAGUUGUCCAUGAAAAGAAGGGCUCAGACUAAUCAGAAUAUAAUUUUGGUUGGUUUUAAAGUACUUUUCUUUGGCAUAAAGAAUUACUAUAAGUGUUAGAUUAUAAAGUUAAGGAUGUUUUUAUUUGAUUUAAACAAAGAAAGGGAUUUUUCCUUCACUGUACUCCCAUUCAAAUUUUCCACAUAACACUAUUAAUAAAAUCAACCUCCACAGCCCCUUAUUUUAUUAUUUCCAAUAAUUCCAAGUUCAUAUAGAACUGAUAGUGUAGUGAGCCCCACGUACAGUAAUAGGCAGACUACUCCUAACUUUCUGUCUAGUUUCCAGCCAUUAAAGUGAACUGCUAGAAAAAGAAAAAGAAUUGAAAUGCUAAGGGAGAUGGUUAUGUAGGUGAGUCCUCUGCUGCUCACACCUACAGGAGCUGAUGUGUUUGCAAAUGCAGUGUGAAGGAGCCAGGGAGCGCCCAAGCAUAGCAUAUCAAAGACGUUGGAUCCUACGAUGUUAGACAUAGCCAUGUCUCCUUUCCCUGCAGACGAGAAGCAUGUUGUUAAAAUGUGCAUACCAGUACUGUAUUUUAUUAAUCAUCUUUGUAAGAAAAACACUGGAUACUUUUUUUUGGUGAUUAGUUUUGGAAAAUUGUUAUUAGAUUGCGUCUUGUUGAAUUUGUAUUUUAAACUUUUUCUUCGGUUAGUAUUUAAAGUCUUAACAUUUAUUUAAUAAUAAUUAUUUAUUAAACCAUUUUCCAACAAGGUAUGUAGCUUACUCAUUGCUUUUCAUUCUAAUUUAACAUAGUUAAUUACUACUCACUGCACAUUCCAGUGUUAUUUGGGGGAUUAGAUUAAGUGAAGUCAAUAUGCUAUUAUAUAGUAAACUCUUACUCUUUUAAGUGAGGAAAUCAGUAUUUUUAAAGCUACUUUGACUCGGAGUAUUUUAACCAGCCCUCUAGAAUGGGCACUGCAGCUCGAAUUUGAGGCCACGCUUCUUACCUUUUCUCGCCACCAGCACACUUGCAAUGGUGUCAGGAAUGCUGGUUCCCGCUGCUAGCAGCGUGAGACCCAUCACGGUGUCUGGGAUCUGCAGUGUUUCCCCUGUGGCAACACGGACGCUGCAUGUUACACAUCUUACCUUCUCUGCAGGCACUUCAGAUGGCUCCUUCUUGUUCAGAAAGAACCAUGGCCAUGUUUAGAUGAACUUUUUGUCCUUUUAUUAUUAGUGCCUAUUAAUUUUUACAAAAUAGUAGGUUUCAAUGCAUGUAUUUUUGAUCAUAUCCACUACCCCCCCCCAUGUUUAGAUUUCUGAACCAGUAAUGUGCUUAGUUUUUAACUAGCAAAAUAUUUGGAAUCAGGUUGGUAAUGUGCAUAACUCAGGUAGUACAGAUUUUUAAAAUACUUAGCAGCCAAACUUCUGCCAGUGAGGAAUGACCUUAUUUGUUACCCUUACAGAAAUUGUACAUGUCUGCAGUUACAUCAUUUGGACUAUUACGUAGUAUAUGCUAAGGAGAUUAAUCAUUUUCUUCUAUUUAAAAACAAUUUUUAAAGUAUUAGAGUUAAAGUAUAGCUAUUUUUAAGCUCUAGAUGUGUUAAGAUGUAUACAUUUUUUAAAUUCCUGCUUUGGUGACAUAACCGUAAUAUAUUUAGUGUUUUCUUGGUAAAAAUCUAUGUAUCUCUGAUGAAAAUGAACCUUGUUGGUUUUCUAUUUGAGUCUUUAUAAUAUAUAGUCCCAAUUUAUUAAUACUUCUGUUAAAUUUGAUGUCACUUCAACAUUUGUCCUGGAAACAGAAACAGGGAAGGGCACAUGUAACUGCUCUUUUAAUGUGAUUGGAAAUGUGGCUAGAAUCUUUAUUUAAAGUCUCUUUGAACAUACUAAGGAAAAGAACUUAAUUAGAAAGUAGCUUACUUACUGCAUACUUACAUGCUGGUAUUGGAAUUGUUGUUAAUUUUUGUCACUAGCUUUGGUAGAGUUCAUAUGUACAUAAAUAGCACCAUUCUUUAGCAUCUUAA